AUGUAUUUUUUGAAUGAAAACAAAUAAUUCAUUUUGUAAUAUUAAUUUAUCCAAAUAAAUACAUUCCGAAAAGGAAAACUCAAACUGAAGAAACUGGAAUGUAAUUUCGUGAGAAAAUAGAGAAAAUAGAUUUGA